UGGGUGCACCACAAGUAGGCAUUGCCCACCGCUGAUGAUGGCGCUCCAACAACCCGACCCAGCGCUUUUGGCGCCUCAAUCAUCCUUGUCCUUCACCCAGGGCUUUCUCCUAGGACAGCUCUCUGUAGUAUUAUUGAUCGGCGCAUUCAUCAAGUUCUUCAUCUUCGGUGAAGCCCCACCGCCUCCUUCCCGAGGCUUAUCCAACCGCACAUCCCACCGCCGCUACAGCUCAGUUUACAACCCUCCGCAAGAUCAAAAGACACUUCGAGAAAAACCCUCAAACUCAAAUGUUCUUCGUCCGGUGCCUGCCUCCUCUACCAAUACACGCUCUAUUCUCCGAAAGACCUACUACAGCGCCAUUCCUACUAAUCCGUCCAAACAUGGCCGACAUCGAAUGCACCACUCGUCCCACCAACCGGAGUCACUGGACUGGUUCAAUGUCUUGAUUGCGCAGACCAUUGCACAGUACAGGCAAACUGCCUACGUUCUGAAGGACUCGCCCACAGCCUCGAUCUUGAGCUCCCUGAAUGCCGCUAUGAAUAACCCGGAAAAGAAGCCAUCCUUCAUUGACAAGAUUACGGUCACCGAUAUCUCAUUGGGAGAGGAAUUCCCCAUUUUCAGCAAUUGUCGCAUUAUCGCGGUGGACGAUCCCAAUUCCGACGGUGGCAGGCUACAAGCCCUAUUGGAUGUGGACCUUAGCGACGACAACCUCUCAAUUGCUGUAGAAACUUCUAUGGUACUCAAUUAUCCCAAGCCUCGCUCUGCCAUUUUACCGGUUGCUUUGUCGGUCUCCGUUGUUCGAUUUUCAGGAACUCUGUGUAUUUCGUUGAUUCCGGCAUCAACAGAGGACCCCCUUGAUACGCCCGCAAAGACACCCGAGCCUACAGUGGAACCAGGUUCCAAUACAGCCACCGGGUCUGCCCAGGAUCAGAACCCACCCAAAAGCAGUCCCAAGAGCAAUGUCGCGUUCUCAUUCCUUCCAGAUUACCGACUUGAUCUUUCUGUGCGUUCUCUCAUUGGUUCGCGCAGCCGUCUCCAAGAUGUGCCCAAAAUUGCCCAGCUGGUUGAGGCCCGAGUUCACGCGUGGUUUGAAGAACGUGUGGUUGAGCCCCGUGUGCAAGUUGUGGGACUCCCAGAUCUAUGGCCCCGUAUGGGUAGGACUGGCGUAAGGCCUGGCGAAGAAUCCGAUGCCGGGUCUACUGCACCUCCACGCAGCGCUGGCUCUGCCGAGGCAGGAGCGAGCCCGUAUCAAUUUUCCGACGGCCGUGAACCGGAGGGGCUACGGUUCCGUGGACCUUUGCCUUUGGAUCCUCGUUUAGGACUCGGUGCAGGCUCGCGCAGUAGCAGCUUCAAUGCUGAUAUGGGGAGCUUGCGGAGCCCGAGUAUGACCCGGCAGGACAGUGCUGGUGGUGCAAGCGACCAGUUCUCCAUGCCGGGUGGUAUGCCCGGUGGAGUAACUGCAGGCAGAGAUUUAUGA